AUGAAGUACUCCGUCGCUGCUAUCGUCGCCGCCGCCGCCACUGGCGCCAUGGCUGGUGCUCACAACGGUACCGUUGUCACCGAGGUCGUUGACGUCUUCGUCACCUACUGCCCCGGUCCCACCGAGAUCACCCAGGGCACCAAGACCUACACCGUCACCGAGCCCACCACUCUCACCAUCACCGACUGCCCCUGCACCAUCACCAAGCCCGUGAUCCCCACCAGCACUGUCGUCUGCCACGACUGCCCUCCCCACCAGAACACCACCAUCCCCCAGGUUCCUGGUGUUCCCCAGCCCACCACCAACCUCCCCACCACCCCUGAGGAGUCUACGACCCCCGAGCAGCCCGAGGUCACCCCCGUCCCCGGUGCCGCCGCCAAGGUCGCUGGCCUCUCUGGCCUCGCUGGUCUGGCUGGUAUUGCCGCCUUCUUCCUGUAA